AGAGCAGGUUGAACUCACAACUCAGCACACAAGCUAAACGGGCUGGGUUGGAGCAAUUGGGACUCUAGAUGUGGACCGGAGAGAGCAAGAAGAGGCCGACCGUGUCGCUCAGGGGAAGGAGCAAAGAAGAAGACAGGGGCGAGUUUCUGCGUAGGGCGAGGGCCCAACGGGAGGGGCGGGCGCGUGAGCGGCUCCACGUCUCCAGCGCGACAACAGUCCAGAAGGUUUGGAGGGGAAGGUCAUGCGUGGGAAAGUGGCGGCAAGACGAGCGGGAUGCGUGGGACAGGAAGAUGCACGACGUCGGUCGAGUUAAGGCCAUGCUUGCCGCGGCAGGAAAGCCGUUGCAGCUCCCACCAGCCGUUCUCCAGACUUUACUCUCUCAGCUGGUACACUUCCACGCUUUCCCGUGCGAUGCUGGUCGAUUUCGCGCCGCCAUGGACCUGGUCCUUGCCGCCGCCCCCGCGAGCGAUAGCGCAGCCACCCCGGGGGGCGCAGGUCUCUUUGCGGCUCAGCCGGCGUCUUCCAGCGGCAGCGACAGCGACCGGCUCUUGGGGGACAACACGUGGUCGCUGCUGGUUACCCGGCUAGGCGCGGUGUGCCUGCAGUACAUGAGUCAUGUAUCGGCAACGGCGGCGGCGGGGGCGGGGCGGUCACGGAAACACGGCGCAGAACGCCGGGAUAGCGGCGGCGGCCGCGGCGGCGGCGGCGGCGGCUGCAAAGCAGACGCCAUGGACGAUGCUGAGGGCGCUGAGGCUGCUGUAGUGGCCGGGGAGGGGUCGGCGGAGGUGGGCGAUGCCGCGGAGGUGGCUAUGCGGGGGUUCGCGCUGCUGGCUUCCCCGGCGGCGUGGCGGCAUCGGUGGCCGCUGUCCGAGCCGGCCGUUGUCCAACGUCGUUGCUGCGUGUUUCUCGCCUCGCUCGCGCUCGGCAGGGUGGUGUUGGGGACGCGGAGCAAGCCGGGGGCGGAGGCGGGGCCUGGAGAAGCAUUAAAGAAAUCGUCACCAACACGAAGAGGAAUAGGAGGUGUACGGUUGUUGCUACGGACGGAGAGGGAAAGGCUCGGCGGCGAGGGGAGUCAAGCGCCGACGCUGUUCGGAGUCCUCCGCGUCGCGUGGGACGCCGCAGCAGCAGAGGCCGGCGGGGGGGAGGGCAGAGCGACGCAAGCGGUGCGGCUGCUGUGCGCGUCCUCCCUCCAGGUUCUCGGGAUCGGCGUCACGGAGGACGGGGAGAGCACAGCGCGCGGCGAGACCCGUCCGAUGUCGCCAUCAGCGGUGGCUGAAGGAGGAGGAGGAGGAGGAGGAGGAGGAGGAGCGGCUGCCGGGCCAGGCGGCGCGCACGAAACGGCGGUGCCAGACAGGCGACGACUGCUGGAGGCGUUUGCGGCCGCCGUUCUGCCGGCGCCGAGGCUGCUGGAGCACCCUCUGAGGGCGCCCCUGAUGGACCCGAUGCUAGGGGGCGAUGGGGCGGCGUGGUGGGAGUUGGUGUCCGUGGCAGGGGAGGCCGUCGGGGCGGGGGGGACGGGGGGAGGCGGCGGCGCUGCUGCCAGGAGAAGAGAUGUCGCAUGGGCGGUCGCGAAUAUAUUGGAGGUGGACACGGGUAGCAGCGCGGAACGCGCCCCGUGUCUCGUGCGAGCCCUAUGCAGACUGCUGCGGAAGGUUUCCCUGCACGCCUUCCUACAGGGGGCGGGGAGGACGGGGGCGGCGGGAGCGGGGGGCGCUGGAAGGCAGAUGGAAUCGCCGGAGGCGAGAAGCCUGAUCAGCUCCGCCAUUGGACCCGCUUUUUUAAAGACUGGUUGGUUCAAGGUCUCACCUUAUCCAAAACCCCGCCUGCCCUACCGCUGUUUGUGUCUGGUGACUUUUUUUGUUCCGAAAAAGCUUACGGACGACGACGAAGACGACGACGACGUCGCCGUGGACGAGGCGUUCUCAGGCGCGGCGUCGGAGCGAGGCGGAGCGGUGGCGGCACCCGGUGGCGGCGGCGGCGGCGGCGGCGCAGGAGCGAAAGACGUCUUCGGGGUCGGCGGGGACGUGCGCCUCGAGGCCAUCGUGCGGCGCCAUCGUCGCCGCUGCGCCAUGCGGACCGAGGCGCUGGCGGCCCACAAUCAAUCGCUACGCGAAACGAAGGGCUCCUCCCGGGGGGGCUACUCGAGUGGUUCGAAGCGGCGUGUAAGCUGCGGCGGCGGCGACGAGAGGGAAAGUGCGGCGUCGAUGGUGUUGGAGGAGAUCGAGGCGAUGGCGGCGGCGGCGGGGAGGCUUGCCGACCCCGUCAUAGUCGGCAGGCUUUUCGAUAGUAUCCUUCCCCCCGUUGCGUGGAGGUCGUCCGAGAGGCAGCAGACCGGCCUAGGCGGCAGCUCUCGCACGGAGGCGUUUUCGACAGCUCGAGCCGACCACCGGGGGGGCAGCGCCGGGGCGGAGAGCAGCGCAAAGGGCGAUGACGAUGACGACGACGACCCCGUCCUCGCCCUGUGCUCGUUGUACGCGGACCUGGUCACGGAUGGGGUGAGAGCGGCCGGGUCCGCCGCGGCCGCCGCCGGCGGCAGUAGCACCGCCGCGGGAGGCUCCUCGACGACCGCCGGAAAAUCGGCGGUGGCGCCCGGGAAGUCGGUGCUGAACGCGCUCGCCUUCGGGAGGCCUAAGGCUCCGAUCGCCGCGCGCCUGUGGGGAUACCUCCAGCGGGGACAAGACCUCGGGGUUUACGCGAAGAGGGGGGCUGGCGGCGGCGGCAGCGGCCGGGGAGGGGCGGCGAACAAGGCGGGAGGCGGAGGGAUGCAGUCGGCCCUGUUUUUGUUCUGCUCGGCGUGCAGCCACCAGCUGCUGGCGUUAGACGACGAGGAGUUCUACGAGAAGCAGAGGCCGCUGAAGCUCGAGGAGGUGCGCCAGCUCGCCGGUUUCCUGAAGGAUUGGCUUUGCCGGAUGUACUUGAUCGACCCGGUCAUCCCGCGGCUGCGGGAAGAUGGCUUGCCGUCCGAUCCCACCCUGGCCCUUCGGCAAUGCGAGGAACACCUCAGGGAGGCGCUGCUGCUGCUGUCGGCCACGAGGCUCUUCAACCAACUCUACGACCGCAACACCAGGCGGGAGUUUUUGAAGGCGGAGUCUUGGUACUGGAAGGCUAUCUCAGCGGUCGACCUGUCACCUCCCGCCCAAGGUGACCCAAGGGUGGCGUUCUUGAGCAAGGGAAACCUGGGCAUGGUGCUCGCCAACAUUCCUCAGGUGGUACCAUUCUUUCAGCGAGUGGGAAUCUUCCGCCAGAUGAUCGACGCCGAGAGAGAGGAGCACCAGGGGAGCUUGGCCUUCGCCCGGGGCUCUUCGCGCAUACGCGUCAGCAGAGACUCCCUCUACGAGGAUUCGGCGGAAGCACUCACCAAGCUAGGAUCGUUUCUGAAGGGAAGGAUCCAAGUGACGUUCAUGAACCAGCACGGCGUUGAGGAGGCCGGUAUCGACGGAGGGGGCGUUUUCAAGGAGUACAUGGACCUGCUCACAAAGAGGGCCUUCGACCCGCAGUACGCUCUCUUUAUCGCGACACAGGACCAGUACCUGUUCCCGAAUCCCGCUGCGUCGAUGGUGGCGGACGACUACCUGUUCCACUUCGAGUUCCUGGGCCGAGUCCUUGCAAAGGCGGUGUUCGAGGACAUCCUGGUGGAGCCGCAGUUCAGCCCGGUGUUCCUGAACAAGCUUCUGGGGAGGUACAACUACAUCGACGACCUGUACAGCUUGGACCCGGAAGUGUACCGGAACCUUAUGCAGCUCAAGGGUAUCGUCCACAGCGGUGGGGAUGUGGCCGACCUCUGCCUUACGUUCAGCGCUAGCACCACCGCCUUCGGAGAGACGAAGGUGUGGGACCUGAUCCCUGGUGGCCGCGAUGUUGUCGUCACCAAUGCGUCGGUGAUCUCGUACAUCCACCUGAUGGCGCACUUCAAGCUUAACGUGCAGACGGCUCGGCCGUGCAAGGCCUUCAUGAAGGGCUUCCGGGACUUGAUCCCGGUGGAAUGGGUCCGGAUGUUCAACCCCCAGGAGCUGCAGCGACUCAUCGGGGGGGAGGGAGGGCGCGCCAUCGACGUGGAAGAUCUCAAGCGGAACACGCUUUACGCGGGGGGCUACCACCAAAGCCAGCCCGUGAUGCAGUGGUUCUGGGAAGCGAUCGAGUCGUUCAGCCCCGAAGAGCAGGGGCAGUUUCUCAAGUUCGUCACGUCCUGCUCGAGGCCGCCGCUGCUGGGCUUCGAGCGACUCAACCCCCCAAUCUGUCUGCAGAGGGUCCCCGAGGGAGAUGAAGGGAGGCUGCCCUCUAGCGCAACGUGCAUGAACCUGCUCAAGUUGCCCCAGUACUCAGACCGGCAGACGUUGAGGGAGAAGCUGCUCUACGCUAUCAGCGCCAACGCUGGUUUUGAGCUCACGUAAAAGCCACGCCGAAAGCCUUCUUGCUGAACACGGAGAUCUCGGGGCAGUAGUCAAGAGCAGUGCUGAACCGGGUCCCGAAGAUACCAGGCACGGCAAGCGGCUGUCUUUGACCUUGCGAAAGGUUCUUGCACUCUAUGCUGGCCCAUCGUCAGACUCAUCACCAAGGCACCGUGUUCGAAAGUAAACCCUGAUUGACGAUGAACAGCUUCAUUGUGAGCUCCCGAUAAAUGCGUUGGCGCACAUGUUGGCGGCAACUUGCACGCUUUGUGUGUUUGGGCGAAAUCGUUGCAAUUGUUGCUGCUCCGUGUUAGACGGCAGGGUGUUCGAGGCAUGACGUGGUUGGGUGCGGCCACUGAAACAAUCGCUGCUCCUUGGUAGGCUGAUGCACCGGUCAGCGAUGUUGACAGCCGCCACGUGACCCGCAACGGUUGAUUUUGAACGCUGCGCAAGUGUCGGUGGUGGCGGCUGUGGUUGACGGCCUGCACCUGUUCUGUUGACCCCGUAGCGUGUUUCCGUGCAACGUGUUUCGUAUGUGUCGAGUCCCCUUUUGUGUUGCUCAGGAGGAAGGAUUAAUGUAGACCUAUCUCUGAAAGAUUUGAGAAAGUACCAGUUUUCGAGUUCCCACCUCGUGUGUUGUGCAUGCGCAGAGGGAUGGCAUGACCUGCCCCCCUCCUGCACCCUGUCCUCAGCUGCUGCCCGCUGUUGUGUGGGGUG